UUCCUGCUGAUUUGCUCCACGGCAGAUAGACUGCCGUAUCAUGUCGUCUUAGGCUCCACAGACUGCUACCCACCGCUGUAAACAUGUUAUUUCAGUGUGAAUCUAGUCGUUUGUCGCCCCUGAAGCUGGUUCUUUGGUUAGCGGUGUGUCUGGGUGAUCUGUCGGUCCGGUCCGGAGCGGAGGAGGACGGCAGCAGCCCGUGGUACCGGGACCUGUGCAGUUAUAAAUGGGAGGCUUUUGACAAGGAUAAUAAGGUGAGCUACACGCUAAAGCUCUGCGAGUCUUCACCGGCAACCGCCUGUGGCCCCGGCACCGCCGUCUGCGCCCAGAACCUCACCGCCGGAGACAACCGGUCUGUGGGUGAGCUGUCCCUGCAGACGCUGUCCGGCACCGUGCUCGACUACAACAGCACGGAGAAAUGUGUCGGGAGCAGCAACAACGUUCAGACCAGCAUCAGCUUCCAGUGUGGGAAAACCCUGGGGACCCCGGAAUUCGUCGCCGUGUCCCAGUGUGGGCAUUACUUUGAGUGGAGGACCCUACACCGCCCUGCAAGAAAGACAAAUUCAAGCCACCCCAAAGAGGUCCCCUGCUAUGUCUUUGACUCGGACUGGAAGAAGCACGACCUCAGCCCCCUGAUCAAGGUGAACGAUGGCUAUCUGGUGGACGACGGUGACGACCGCAUCGACUUCUACAUCAACAUCUGCCGCAGUCUAAACGGACCAGACAAAUCGUGUCCCGAGGGGUCUGCGGCCUGUCUGGUCACCAGUCAUGGCUCUUACAACAUGGGCUCUCCUACCACACAGCUGGAGCUGUCAUCCAACGACCGACUGAAGUUGCACUAUGAAGUCGCUGCUGAUUCACAAUCUCCUGAUAUCUGCAAUGGACACCAACCUGCCGUCACCCUCACUUUCAUCUGUCCCUCCAGCAGACAUUCAGGCAGCACUCCUAAGAUGACAGCGGGGUCGAACUGUCGCUACGAGGUGGAGUGGGUGACGGAGUACGCAUGUCACAGGGACUACCUGGAGAGCCACAGCUGCAAAAUGACCAGCAAAGAGAACGACAUCGCCAUAGACCUAACACCCCUCACCUUGAGCUCUACAGACCAGCCGUACCACGCACACUCCGGGCCCACUGACGGGGAUGAGAGCUACGUCUACUACCUGAACGUCUGUGGAAACAUCCCCACUGAGGAAUGUGGCGAACACCAGCUUGUGUCGUCCUGUCAGGUCAAGAAGUCCGGAGACGUGAAGAAGGUGGCAGGAAGAUUUCAGAACCAGACAUUACGUUAUUCAGAUGGAGAUCUGACCCUGAUCUACCCAGAUGGGAGCAGAUGCUCCUCCGGCUUCCUGAGAAUGACCAUAAUCAACUUUGAAUGCAACAAGAGUGCAUCCGACGGCGGGCGAGGGAAUCCAGUCUUUGCAGGGGAGACAGACUGCACGUAUUACUUUGACUGGGAGACGGCGUUCGCCUGCGUCAAGGAGAAGGAGGAUCUACUGUGUCGGGUCAGAGACGACAACAAACACUACGACCUUUCACCCCUCACAAGAUACCCUGGGUCGGAUGUCGGUGGAAACUGGGAGGUUGUCGACGCUAAAUCUCCAAAUCCAGACUCUCGUUUCUACCUGAACGCCUGUCACAAAGUCGUCCAGACGGGAGCAGCUGUUGGCUGCCCGGUGAAUGCCUCCAUCUGCGCCGUGGAUAAGGAUAAUGUGACAAUCAGCUUGGGCAGCUUCCUUUCAUCUCCCCAGAAGAUAGGAGAAGACAUCAGACUGGUGUAUACCAAUGGAAGCUUUUGCAUCAAUAAAAGGACGAGGAUCCAAACUGUGCUGACCCUGAAGUGCAAACCCGGAAAUCUGGAGAGCGCUCCGGUACUUCGUAGCGUUUCGUCUGACGGAUGUGUGUACGAGCUGGAGUGGUACACCGCCGCCGCCUGCGUCCUCGCUAAGACUCAGGGGGACGAUUGCAAAGUGGAAGACCCUCAGGCUGGGUUCUCGUUCGACCUCUCGCCUCUCUCUAAAGCCAACGGUGGCUUCUACAACCUGACCAGCGGCAACUACCACUACUACAUCAACGUCUGUGGUCCCGUGAAAGCCGCUAGCUGUCCUGAAAAGGCCGGUACGUGCCAGGUCGAUGAAAAAAGGUCUUGGAGUCUCGGGGAGGCGAACUCCCGCCUGUCGUACUACGACGGCCUGAUCCAGCUCACCUACAACAACGGCUCCAAGUACAACAACGAUCGGCACACUCUCAGGUCCUCUGUCAUCUCUUUCCUCUGUGACCCAGAAGCUGGAGCAGGAUAUCCCGAAUUCCAGGUGGAGGACAAUUACACCUACAACUUUCGCUGGUACACAUCCUACGCAUGUCCUGAAAGGCCUCACGAGUGUUUGGUGACAGAUCCCAAAUCUCUUGAGCAGUACGACUUAUCCAGCUUGUCACGACCCACUUCCAUUACCAACUGGCAGGCCAUGGAUUUGUCAGACACCUUGAACCUUAAGAAGUACUACAUCAACAUAUGUCGGCCUAUCAAUCCGGUCCCAGGCUGCGACCGCCAUGCGUCCGUCUGCCAGAUGAAGUACACAUCCGAUCAGAAGGAGGUCGUAUCAGUCAGUAACAUGGGGAUUUCCAAGCGAGGGCCAAUCAUCGAGGAGCAGGACCGGCUGCUGAUGGCGUUCACAGACGGCUCUUCGUGCGAGUCAGACGGCCAGGAGCUCUCGUACACCACGCUCAUCCACCUGGUCUGCUCCAGAGGAAGUGUGUCCAUGGCCCCGAGGUUCCUGAUGUACCAGAACUGUACCGCCAACUUCAUGUGGGAGACCAGAGCAGCCUGCGCAAUCAAAACAACAACAACCACCAACAAUAACUGUUCCGUGGUGGAUCCCAACACUGGCUUUGAAUUCAACCUUCAGCUUUUGGCUUCUAAGACUGGAUACAAGACAAAUGCCAACGGCAAAGACUUCCUGGUGAACAUCUGCUCCGACGUGGCGGAAUGUGGACCGGGCAUGGCCGGCUGCGAGCUGGAUGAGGGGCAUCCGUCCAGCCCAGUGGGGGUGGAGAAGACCCUCCAGUACUCCACCGAUGGCCUGCUCACCCUGACGUAUAAGGGAACCCUGGACGAGCCCACAGCAACUCGGGACACCUUCACCAUUCAUUUUGUGUGUGAUCCAACCGCUCACCCCGGCUCAUUAAAACUGCUGCAAGAGGACCUGAGUUCUCUGCAGAGCCACGUGGUCCACAACGUCUUCUUUGAGUUCUCCACCGCUCUGGUCUGCGUCCCUGCUCCAGUUGACUGCCAGAUCAUUGAUCUCCAUGGUAACGAGUAUGACCUGAGUCACCUGAUGCGGGAUAGAGACGACAGCCCCUGGAUCGCCAUAGAUACAGACGCCGUGAAAUCACAAAGCUUUUACAUCAACGUUUGCAAACCUCUCCCUCCGUCGAGCGAAUGUCCAGUGGGUCCUUUGGGUGCCUGUGGCAUAAUUGAUGGGAAGAGUUCUAACCUCGGAUACGUCCAGUCCAGGCCUCGGGUGGCGGAGGACGGCUCCAUCAGCAUCGUGUACCAGAACGGGGACCAGUGCGGCUCUACGUCCCGCUACUCGACGCGCAUCAUCUUCCUGUGCGAUGAGAACCCGGGCUCCCCCAUGUUUGAUCGUAAAGAUGGUUGUGAAUAUGUCUUCAUCUGGAGGACAUCCGAGGCCUGCCCCAUCAGGAAGUCUCAAGGUGAUGACUGCCGGGUUCGUGACCCCAAGAGCGGCUACGAGUUCAACCUGAGCUCUCUGAAGGGCCAAGAUCAUUCCGUAACCAGCAAUAAUUAUGUCUACCACCUGUCGAUCUGCGAGGGACUCCAUAAAGGCAUCUGCACCCACAAAGAAACAGCCCCCGAUGCGGUUUCCUCCUGCCAAGUGGAAGGGAAAACCCACAAGAUCGCAGGAGUGGCAUCCCAGGUGCUGAGCUAUGUGGGAGACCAGCUCAUUCUGAACUACACGAAUGGAGAAGUCUGUCAUAAGAUAUACAACAGAUCCACAGAGAUCUACUUCUCCUGCCACCCGGACAGGCACCCUGGGAAACCAGAGUUCAUCAAGGAGACUCCAGACUGCACGUACCUGUUCAGCUGGCCCACCGCUCUGGCCUGCGUCCCCGUCAAGACCACCAGCUGCUCCUACAAGGACGAUCAGGGACACUCGUACGACCUCUCCCCUCUCGCCAUGGACUCUCGGAACUGGGAGGUGGAGCCCUCUACAGAGGACACAAAGAACCGAUUCUUCAUCAACGUCUGCAGGUCCCUGGUGCAGCAGGGAGGUACACAGAAGUGUCCCUCCAGUGCAGCCUCCUGUUUGAAGGCCGGAGAGGACUAUGUGAAUUUGGGGCAGGUGGAGUCUGGCCCCACGUGGGACGGGAACGUCCUGAAGCUGCAGUACACCAGCGGCCAGGCGUGUCCCGACGGAAGGCGCAAACGGAGCAGCGUCAUCCGCUUUAAAUGCGACAGAGACAAAGUGGACUCCCGGCCUACUCUGAUCUCUGCCAUUGAGGACUGCGUGUACACUUUCAUUUGGUUAACGGCUGCGGCCUGCCCUCUAAACAGCAGCCAACACGACAACUGCAGGGUCACCAAUCCCGCGACAGGUCAUAUGUUUGAUCUCAACCCCCUGACGAAGAAAGGAGGUUACACUGUAUACGAUCCCCAGGAACACAGGAAGAUGUUCCGCAUGAACAUCUGUGGGAACGUGUCCAACGCCGGAUGCGGCUCAGAAACCGCUGUGUGUAUUAAGGAUGCUGCGACCGCGGUGAGCGGCGGUCAGGUGAGCAGGGAACUCUCCUACAAGAAUCAGGUUCUGGAGCUGACGUAUGAAGGAGGAAGUACCUGCCCAGCAAACCGCACACUCAAACACAACACCAUCAUCCACUUCAUCUGCAGGCCACCAAGCAUGGGCUCGUCCCCCCCAGAGCCAGUUCUCAUUGACUCCAAUGCCGAGACCUGCACGCACUUCUUCUCUUUCCACACACCACUGGUCUGCGAACAGCCAGUAAGGUGUUCGGUCCAGAACGGCUCUGCUCUCAUAGACCUGACUCCUCUCAUCCACAUCGGUGGAUACUACACAGCAAUGGACGAGGCAGUGGACCAAGGUGAUGAAUCUCCAGACUUCUAUAUCAAUAUCUGCCAGCCCCUAAACCCCAUCCCAGGGGUAACCUGCCCCCCUGGCGCCGCCGUCUGUAAGGACCCUGACGAUGGACCACCAGUGGACAUUGGGCGGAUUACCAGCGGUCCUGAGAUCAACAGCGCCACAGGAGAAGUGUCCAUCACUUACAACAGCUCCACCAAGUGCGCGGCUGACCCUGCACAGAACUACACCUCGACCAUCGUCUUCACCUGCCAGAGGGGCCUGGAUCUGGGCUCUCCGGAAAUGCUGAGGCUGCAGGAGUGUGUCUAUUUGUUUGAGUGGGCAACUCCUCUGGUGUGCUCGGAUGCCACCCGCACCAACACCAGCGGUUGCCAGCUCACUGACUCCCAGCUCCAGUUCACCUUUGAACUGUCCGUCCUCUCUGGUAUAGUCGAGGUGGCAGCGAGCUCCAGCGUCUACCGCAUCAACGUCUGCGGCUCUGUGCCCGAUACGGGCUGCAAGAAGAGCGCGGUUUGCCGGGUGUCUGGUUCUGGAUCAGACAUGUCGGCAUCAUCCUUUGGCAUCAGCAAGGCCAUGACGAUGGACUACAAGCAUGACGAGGACGCCGUACUGAUGCAGUAUGGCGGGGGAGAUCCCUGCCCACCAGUGACAAAUGAGGGCGAGGCGUGCGUGUUCCCCUUCACGUUCAUGAAGAAGUCGUACACGGAGUGCACCAAAGAUGAACGCACGGAUGGCAGGAUGUGGUGUGCCACCACCGCCGACUACAACAAGGACAAGAAGUGGGGAUUCUGCAAUGCAGCCUCUGGUAAGCGCCAGUCCUCCAUAUUGUUUACCUGCGACGAGUCGGCGGGCCGCGGCUCUCCACAGCUGCUCUCCGAGACGGCGGGUUGUUCGGCCACUUUUCAGUGGCGCACCAGCGCUGUUUGUCCCCCGAUGAAGAUGGAGUGUGAACUGGUCAGCCGGCACCAGACCUUUGACCUGCGAACCCUGUCCUCCCUCACUGAGCCGUGGAAGUUCAGACACCAGGGAGAUUCGUACUUCAUUAACCUGUGUCAGGGCAUCCAUGGCAGAUCGCAUGGCUGUCCAGGGGGAGCAACUGUGUGCCGGCACACAGCAGCCGGAGUUAACCAAACACUGGGCCGAGUUUAUACCCAGAAAAUGAGCUAUGAUGAUGGAAAGAUAACUGUCAGUUACUCAGCGGGACAAGAUGUCUGUGGUAAUGGCGUCCAAGCCAAGACCGUGAUCCAGCUGAGCUGUGGCUCCACUGUCGGACACCCGGCCCUCAUCAGCGUCAAUAAGGCGACGUGCGAGUUUGUGAUUGGCUGGGAGACUCAGUCGGCGUGUGCUGUGAAGCAGCACGAGGUGCAGAUGGUCAAUGGGACGAUACAGGUUCCCGACACCGGAGCCAGCCUCAAUCUGGGAAAGCUUUACUUCAGCCACCAUCAGGCGUCUGGAGACAUCCGUCCCAACGGCGACCGCUACAUCUACCACAUCCAGUUGUCCGGCAUAACCAACAACUCUCUGCCCAUCUGUGUCGGUGCCAACAUCUGCCAGGUCAAACUCAACGGGAACAACCGGCGCAGGAUUGGCUCUUCAAAUGAGGCCAGGUACUACGUGAAAGGAGGAAACCUGGACGUGAUGGUGCCCUCUCAGUCCCCGUGCGGGCGGGAGAAGAAAAAAAUGGUGUCAUCCACCAUCAUGUUCCACUGUAACCCCUCGGCGGGCGUCGGCAUCCCCGAGUUCAUGCUGGAGACGGAUGGAUGCCAGUAUCUGUUUGUGUGGCACACGGACGCCGUGUGUGGUCUCACAAGUGUUGACGUGGGCACCGAGGACUCGGUAGACGGCGACGCUUCCCUUUUCUCCGGGCGGAGGCCGGCGACGGGGCUGGUGCUGAGUCUGCUGCUGGUGGUUCUGUCGGUCGGCCUGCUCGGGCUGCUGCUCCACAAGAAAGAGAGAAGAGAGUUGGUGAUCCAGAAGGUCGUUGGCUGCUGCAGGAGAGGAAACCAAGUCUCCUAUAAAUAUUCCAAGGUCAACAUGGACGAAGAAGGGGGUGAAGAGGAGAUGGAGUGGCUGAUGGAGGAGCUCGAGGCGACUCCCUCGUCCUCCCACCGGGGAAAGAAAAACCACGGCAACGGCCACAUCACGACCAAGCCGGUGAACGCGGACGGCCUGCGCUCAUUCUCGCUGGACGAGCAGAACGACGAGGACGACAGCGAGGACGAGGUGCUCAGCGUCCCGGGGGUGCGAGUGGUGAAGUCCUCCGGGAACUCCAGGCGCUCUUCGGCCCACCGCGGCCCCUUCCUUCAGGAGGAGAGCGACGAGGACCUGGUGGGCCUCCUGGACGAGUCGGAGAGGAAGCGGCAGGGCAGGAAACCUCGCUCAGCGGGCCUCAAUAACGGCAACGGCACGGCAGCCAAUAGGAAACGGGACGAGGACGACAGCGACGAGGACCUCCUCAGGGUGUGAUGUCACUUCCUCCGUCCUGCUCACCUACACAACCAGUCUGGACUCUUCUUUCUCAGUGAAUGUCUCCAUAGCAGCAGCAGCAGCAGCAAAGCCUUUCCUCUCUUUUGGAAUUCCACCUCUUUGGACUGGGCUUCGACUCCGUCAUGUUCACCGUCAGACUAUCAAUGUUAGCAUAUGGUUUAUUUAUUGGUAGCUCAUUAUUUAAAGCGAUCUGCAGGCUGUUUUUUUUUGACCUACACCAUUAGUUACUUUAGCUACGUCAAUCUUGCUACAUUUAUCUAAUAUAGACUCUAAAAUUCAGCCCCGGAGGCACACAAGGCACCUUCUUUGAGGCUCUGCAGUGUGAGUGAAAAGAUGUGAAUUCAGUGUUUUCUCUUCUUUUCGAGUUUUUGUUUUUCCAUGGCUUUAGAUCUUCAGUGCAGCAUUAAUCAGAGAGCUUCUGAAGAAUAAUACCAUGUCAUUGGGGCGGAUAAAAAGAAACGCUUUGGCGGCCUUUCUGGAGUUUAUUUUUCUUUUCCAGGCCUGUAUUUGAUAACCUCGGUGAGAUGUACAGCGAAGAAGCUCAAUAUUGAAACCAUUUGGCAGAUUUUUCUGCCAACGACUAUUAAAGCAAAACAGAAAGCAGGGGGGGGGAAGUGGCGUCGUUCCCUGGCGGCGGGCUGUGACGCUGUCGGCUUGUGUUGUUUCUAAAGGGAAUCGAGACAUCCGGUUGUCUGUUCUUGCUGUUUACAGUUGCUACAUUCGCCUGUCUUCUUUCUUUCCCCCCCGAAAAAGAAAUCGCGAUGCCUUCCUGCUGAUGAACUUACUUUGCUUUGUCAUCGACUAAUCCGGCAACAGAUUGAUUUUUGUCUUGUGUUGAUCAGGGACGUUGUACAUAGAAGAUGAUGUUCUAUAACAUGGACAUUUUGUUUGUCUGUUUGUUGUCUUCGUCGGUGAAUUGCUCACACGUUUUGUUUGUUAUUUAAAUGCGUGUCUGACCUGACUGUCUGUAUGAACCUCUGGUUUGUUUCUGGUUUGGAGGGGAAAAAAGCGAUGGCCUUAAGUGUGAAUGGAGGGAUGGCGGGAUGGCGAGGACAGAGGUUGUAAGGGAAAUUUGAGAAGUUUAGGUUAGGUUUUUUUUUUUUUUUUUUAAAUUCCCCAUCCAGUCCCCCCAACACCUCCCUCGCCAAAGCCAUAUUUCUACCGCCACUGCUGGCAUUAAUGAAUGAGUUGAUACUUCGCUGUGCCACGCUUGUGCGGCUCGUUUGGGCUUUGUUUGGGGCCCAAAUCAGCCGUUUUUACCCAAAUGCAUGUGAUGAUAAGGAAGAAAUUAGAACGACGUGAAGCAUCUAAUCAUCAAGAAUGCAGGCAGUUUAUUUACAUUUGACAUUUUGCAUGCUUCAUAAUCAAACCAGUGUUUUAAAAGAAGUAUGUCGGUAAUGAUGGAGAUCCGGGGCUUGAGGUGUUUUGGUUGUACAUCAAACUGAUUCGUGAGCAUCUGUGUUCUUUGGUUGCAAAGUUGAAACGAAUCGAUGUUGUUCCUGCAACUAAAGAUGGAGGGUUUGUCUGUGAUGAACCUUCUUCUUCUCUGGUUUUCUAAGGCUGCAACAAACUGAUAUUUUCAUUAUCGAAUGUGGAAAAAAAAGUGCCCAUCACCGGUCAUCUUCUGUCCCAACAUCAGUCUAAAACCCAAAGAUCAAGCAUCCAUUCGUCACGCUGUCCUCCGGAGCUCUAGAGAAAGUAACACACUGGCUUUGUGUCAUUGAUGCUGAAACUAUUAAUAAUUGACCGAUUAUCAAUAUUAUAAUAAGUCAGAUGGUUGUUCAAACUAUAAAUGUUCUUUUGUUUAAAUUUCUGAAAUAUUAUAAGUGAUCAGUGGAUCCAUUUCUAAUGAAAGGAAUCAUUUGUUGCAGACCAUCCAUCGGCCUUUUGUAAGUAUUUAUGUCACGGGACAUUUUGAGGCUUCUCAUUUACAGGUGUUUUAUUCCCACGUGGCCAAUUUAACUGAAUGCCCUCGCUGACCGUUCCACAGAUUGAUUUCCUCAGAACUUACCGUCGGUGAAUGUACAACCUCGAGAGAGAAGCUCAUGAUUUAUUGAAAGGUUUUUUGCAAUGAUUUGCGAUCACAAACAGCAGUGCCACAGCGCGUGACUUUUUAUCGCCCCACGUUCAUUGAUUACAUUGUGGAUGGAACGAAGGGGGUCGUGUCAGUAAAUUCACUUUUUGCGUUUUCUCCGUAUUCAAUCCACAGAAAAGCUAUUGGGUAUAAAAUGAAAAGCUGACCGCGUGUGUCAAUCAAUUAAAGAAGGCUCACCAUUUAGAGUAUUUAUAU